GAACAACCACUGUGUUCUAACCGCUGCUCUUGCUUUGAGGCUGCCUUCCUGUUCCUCAGGGUGACGAACAAUAGGAACUCAAGGUAGCCUCAAACGCCUCACAGGACCGUGCAGAGCGGAGCGGAAGACUAUAUUAUAAUCUAACUCUGGAAAUUCUGUCAGGCUCUCUGACUGUGAACAACAUGAAGACCCAUCUACGGUUUAUUCUCCUAUUUAUUCAGGUUUGUGAAGUCUUUGCAGAGGUGGUUUUUAAGCGCCUUGCAGAGGAUCAGUGUCUGGUGCUCUCCUCCACUAUACAGCCGGAACAUGGCCGCCUGGUAGGACUGUAUCUGUACCACCGUGGCCCGCAGGGUCAGACCACCCUGCUGUCAGCAGCUGAGGGCACCCCGGUCCGGGUGGACCCAGAGCGAGGGGCCCGUCUGCAGCUCAGUGGGGGGCUGAACUCACUGAGGAUCAACAUCAGCAUCUCUCCCCUGCAGCUGAGGGACUCUGGACUCUACAUGUGGGAGCUGAGAUACGUACAGAAGAACGGCUCAGAGCAGGUCAUCCUUUGGGGCCAGAAGUGCUUCCUUCUGGUUGAAAGGGAAGGGGGCUCCUGCCAGUGCUCUCAUGGUUACAUCCCUCUGCUCCUGACCAUCUCUGCUGCAGCAGGGCUUCUCCUCCUAACAACCUGCUUGCUGGUCAUGGAAAAAUGUGUCAGAGUACAGCACCGUCGCCCACUGCAGCCUAACUCCCCCAUCUAUGAAGAAAUGAGCAGGAAGCAGAAGGAUGCAGGAAGCCCUAACGUGGAGCACAAGGCCCCCCCACGCUCAGAAGGCAACUUCCCGAUUUACGCCAACCCAAACAUCCGGCAGCCGCAGGACAACUACUAUGCCUCCCCUCGGCAGCUGGCCCUCAGAGCAUGAACACACUUCCGCUGCUCCCGGCAUCAUGCAGACAGGAAAUGACAUCAACGCCCUCAAUAAAAACAAAGACAGCUUAACAGACAAGAAAAAAAAUGCUAUUUUAUUAAUAUUUGAAAGAAGCUCCAUAGUUCAUGAAAACAUUUGUUUCGGUGCAUGUCAUUUAACAAUCACAUUCUAUGAGGAGAAAGAGAUAUACAGAAAAACAAAAAUAAAACAUUACAAGCCACUGACUUCUCAUUAACUCUCAGUAACAUUAAAAAAGGCAAAAAAGCAGCCCUAAUCCCACCUCCCACCCUCCAAAACACUAAAGGAAAGAAAAAACAAACCCGUGAGGGUGACAGGCUAGAAUCCCACAGUGCUAAAAAGUGAGAUGCUCAUUGGUUUUAGGAAUACACAGCAUGGCGAUGUAGCGCUAGGUCAAUCUGAAGAGGGAUCAGGGGGGAAGCUGGUGGUGGUGGGCUUCUCCCUGUCCAUCUCUUUGUCCCCUUAAAGAACUAAAACACAUAGAAACAAAUCAGGAACCCCUGCAUUCAAACCCCCACCCUUUACCAUCCAGCCCACCUAACACUUGUGCAUAGAUUCAUGAUCCUUUUACAACCAGCUCAUGUUUCACCAUAACAUCCUCCACAAUCUGAGACAAAAAUGCUCAAAAAAGAAAAGUCUGAUUAAUCUAUUAAUAACACCCUCAGCGGGAGAACAAGAGACAGAAAGAUUAAUGCACGACGUUCCUGAUUCAGUCAGGACGGGACCUUAUUAAGAAAAACACAACAAAGAUUCAAACAUACAGCAUUUGCAUGUUAUUCAUAUUUUUUUUGUCAUUUUUUUUAAACAAACUUGUUGACCACUUUUUGUUUUUAAAAGUAAAGCAAUUUUAAUAUAUAGAUUUAUAUUAUAAAGCACUCCAUUUUUGUUUAAAAGUCCAUUAUUUGGUUAUUAUGUAACUGCUACGGAUUUAGAAACAAAAAAAAAGGUAUUUUAUUCUGAAAUCCAUAACUUUCAGUGCUUAAAAUUCUGUCUUUUUUUUCUUCCUUUUUUAUAACUCAUCAUACAUAAAAAUGUACAUUAAAAUGGCGUGGAGUUGGUACUCUGGAACCCUGGCUUUCCUGAGACAAGAUCCACUUAAAUCGUGUGUGUGCAAGAUAGUGAGCCUUUUUUUUUUUCUUCCUUUUUCUACAAAGGAGAAAAAAAAUAUACAUAAUCAACAUAAAAACCAAGAAAUAAGUUGAUGAAAUCAACUUUUUAACACAGAAGGAAGAAGGUUAAACAGAACAAGACAACACUGUUCAAUCCCAGAGUUCUGAAAGUAGCACAGGAAAUCUUCAUUUGUCUGAUUUCAUUAGUUUUUUUUUUUUUUAAUGGAAGCAUUUGUCCUUUUGCUUUCUAUUUCCAACAUUCGUGCGGUUUGAUUCCUUCUUUGUUUUGCUGAAGAAAUAAAACUGUAAACUGUCAGUGGCCUUGUAGGAAAAUAAAAACAAAAAAAAAAACUGAUGACAGGACUUAAAAUAAAAAAUAACAAACAUAACAGAAAGGUAGGCACCUCUGAGGUGAGCCCUAGAAGCCAAGGCUCGGUCUGAUGUCUCGUUCUUCACUCUCCGUUUGCUCAGAUUUGGGAGAGUUAAAGUCCCUCUACCCCCAAUCUAUGGCCACAGGUCUGUAAAAUACUUGUUUUUUUUUUUUGCUGCAUUUUUUUCUUUUUUUUUUACAUAUAUGUAGUUUUUUUCUCUUUUUUUAAGCUUUACAGUCUGAAAAUGGUGCAAUACUCAAUUAUGAUCCAUACUUUCUUGGAUUAUUCCACAAUGAAAGCCACUAAGGUAGAUAAAACAUUACAUUUAAUACAAGAAAAAAAAAACCAACAAAAGAAAACAAAUACUUUUAGUCCUUGAGUAAACAUUUACACAUGAAUUGUCCCCCAG